AUGCAAGCAGUGCUAGCGCUGUGUCACUUCUGUGAAACUCACGGUCCUCGAGUUUUAAUGACAACACAGUCGAUACCCGAAAAUCUUCGACAAGAUUACUGCUUACCAACUACGAGUAAGGGAUCAUCAACAUUUGUUUCUGCCGAGAACUUUCGCACUCAUUUAACUGAGGAGUCACGCUGUGUCGCAUGUACAUCAUUCAUUGAUGGUACCGGUCUAAUUACAGUUGAUGUUGAAGCCGGAAUAAGUUAUAUUACUACACAGGUUGCGUUAAAUGAUCGAGUAUAUCAGUUGGUGAAAUACUCAUGUCUUCAUUCAUUAAGUUGUGAAGUAAUAACUACCCCGAAGGAUAAUGCGCCUAAACUAAGUCCAGUGAAACCGCAUGCUACAUCAAUACCGCAGGACACAAAAAAAUGGGAAAGUUCAUGGGAGGAAGUAAAUACGGAGGCAAAGGAUGGUGUGAUUUUAUUUGGAGAUGAUGAACAUGGCUAUACAUUGUCAUACACAUUCAGAUUACGUGAUUACAAAGCACGUGGCUUUUUACGUUUUCUCUCAUUCAUCCUUGUAUCUAUAGAUAAAUUAUUCAUCACUAGCAAUUAUCACUUUUUUGUUUCAACAAUAUCAUCUAUCAUUCAGUUUUUGCAGAUGGAGUCGAACAUUGUUUUUGACCGUGAGCAAAGUAAUUCAUCUGGUGAAAUGCUAAAACAGGCUGCAGCAUCACGUGCCUCAUUACUGCCGGCUCAUUUUUUGCGUGCUCAUAUUACUAAGCUUGAAUUAGAUACAUCACGAAGUUUGGCUAUAAUCACUGGUCGUGCAGAUAUUUUUACACAGUUGCACAUGUUUAUGGUUUGUAUCUUGCGUACACAAACACGUCUUUGUAAAGAAUAUCUAUUGGACGGAGUGCCAACACAAGAUAUGCUUGUAAUAAAAGAACGUGAGCUAAAAAUUGAUAAUGAAGCAAACGCUAGUGAUGUAAGUUGUUCAAGACGUUUGGAUUGCUUCGAGACAUUACGACAAAUUGCACGCGUGCUCGAAAAUUUACCGAAGGUUAAUGGUCAAAGUGUCCUGGAAAUUGUUUUGACACAAUUGGUUACUGGCGGUCAGAUUGUCCUGAAAUGUCAUAAUGAAACUGUAGCUAAACGUUUUCUGUUCGCACUUUCCACUCUGUUGCCAUUGGGUUGUGUUCGUAUGUUAUAUGCUGAAGAAUAUCGACACGUUUUUGUAUCCAAUUUAUUUGGGUGUCCUCAAAAGACCGAAUUAUCACCUGAUGCAAUUGAUAUUGUGGUUUUGUUGGUGGAUAUAUCAUAUAGGAAAAUCCAUUCGAGUCAACCAGCAGUAGAAGAACGAGAAGCCUGUUCGCUUUCUUCAGGAAGCUGUAUUUCACCCCCGUUGAGCUCGUCGUCUAAGGAUGAUAAUGUCGAUGAAACUUUGACGAAACAUUUGGUCGAGAUUUUGUCUCCCAGGAAGUUGCUUGAUUUCGAAGAUUAUGCACUCACAUUGAUUGCAUACCCGGAAUGUACAUCACCAAAAUAUGGUACACCUACCAUUGUUAAUCGCUAUAAACAGCUCAUACUAGAUGAUGAUCUUACAUGUCGUGUUCUGGCAUCUGUCAUCGGAAAUACAAGGGAACAGUGGCUAAACAAAGCAAAGUUAGUUUAUCAACUGGGACGACAGAAUGAAAAAAUUGAUUUGAAAAAAGUCCUCCAAAUUAUGAGGUGUGACGACCAGGACGGAAUAGUCUUACUAUUUUUUCAAGCUGGCUUAUCGGAUACAUACAAACAACAAGUCAUGGAUGUUAUCAAAAAAGGAGCAGCUUGA